AUGGAUAGGCAACGGACAGACAGCACGACCCUGGAUAGGCAACGGACAGACAGCACGACCCUGGAUAGGCAACGGACAGACAGCACGACCAUGGAUAGGCAACGGACAGACAGCACGACCCUGGAUAGGCAACGGACAGACAGCACGACCCUUGAUAGGCAACUAACAGACAGCACGACCCUGGAUAGGCAACUGACAGACAGCACGACCCUGGAUAGGCAACGGACAUACAGCACGACCCUGGAUAGGCACUUGACAGACAGCACGACCCUGGAUAGGCAACUGACAGACAGCACGACCCUGGAUAUGCAACGGACAGACAGCACGACCCUGGAUAGGAAGCGGACAGACAGCACAACCCUGGAUAGGUAA